CGAACCUGUGUAGAGGAAGAUUUCUCAACACUAUCAAUGAGGCAAGGAAGUGAGGCUCGAGAGAAUAUUAAUCGAGCACCGCAACAAACUAAUCCUCCGUCGUCAUCAUCUGCAACGAAUCCGGCCGCUAAUGGCACAUCGCUGUCAACCUCGCCUUCCUCUGCAAUUUCGGCCAACUCUAGUAUCACCACCAUGAACACCAAUGCUUCAGCCAGUACUUCUACGACCGCAGCCGCAGCUUCAUCUCCUGCCAAUGCUAUCGCGCCUAUCAAACCUCGAGUACAGCUCGAUAACUUUUACAGUCUCGCAGACCCUUACAAAGAUUUGCAACAUGAUGAGCCGACAGAUUUUUUUACUGCAGUAACACAGUCAGAUAUUGCAACGAUUGAACGGAUGCUGAAGUUGUUCCCGAAUUUGAUCCAUGAAUCCAAUGGGUUCUGGCCUCAUCCCACCCCCAUCUUGGUGGCCGCACGAUCUCGAUAUCCAAUCGAGACAAUGAAGACGUUGAUUCAAUAUGGUGCGGCUUUGGACCGUGGAGAUCAUAAUGGAACGACGGUUCUACAUUUUGUCUGCGAACAGUAUUCAGACCCUGUAGAGGCGAUCCAGUUUUUGACACGAGCUGGUGCAGACUGUAACAGUCGAGAUGCCAAAAAGCGAACGCCGUUAAUGGUCUUGUUGCAAAAUUCACAUGUGUGUUCAACUAAGGUCUUGAUUGAUUCCAUGAGAUGCCUCUUCAAGUUUGGAGCCCAAACCAAGGUGAUGGAUCAUCAGUUCCAGCGGACGCCGUUGCAUUAUGCGAUCUUGCACAGCAAAGAGCCUGCUCCUGUGAUGGAACUCUUGUUGAAGAAGGGAUCUGAAGUGAAUGCUCGAGACUGGAGGAAAUCGACACCGCUGCAUUUGGUGUUGGAGAAGAUGGAUGAUGAAGAAAUUGUUCAGAUGUUGUUGUUAUAUGGUGCAGACCCAGGGUUGAAGAAUGGCAACAAACGAAACGCGCUGGGUGUCGCAGCAGAGAAUUUGAGAGUGAUGAGUGCCUGGUUCUUACUGGAGAAUGAUUUGAUGUCUUCAGCCCCCGAAUCUAUCAAGAAGGCUAACGAGUUGUGUUCUAAAGCCGAUGGGCCCGAUAAGUCUGCGAAGCCUUUGUUCAAGAACACAUUGUCGGAUUGGCAAGGCAAAGAGGGCAAGCAGCGAAGAAUUCAGUUGGCUCAAGAUGUGGUGUUACGAGUGCAGAGAACGCCAGAUAUGAAGACAAUCGAUCAAACGCAAUAUGCACUCGAGUUCCUGGACAGUGUUGGACAGCCCAUCCAUUUGAACAAUGUCCAUAUGAAUAAUAUUAAUGUAAUUGGAUCAGGUAUUACAGUUGCUGGAGGAAGUAUCGGUGCUGGAGGCGUAGGUGGUCUUGGCAUGGGCAUUGGUAUUGGAUCUGGCAGUAACGUAUCUCCUACUACUAGCAGUCAUUCUCAUCGCUAAAAGUAAAAAAAAAAAAACUAAUCAAUUAAGUAGCUAAUAAAACCUCCAUGAU